UAUUGAUCGCGGUCACUCUGCAUGACAAGUGCAGCAGAUGUAAACGCAUAAACAUUUGCGCUCUUUACUAGUGGAUAAAUAUAAAUAAAACAAAUACGUAUAACUUAAAAGUCAGUGCACCAAAAUGGCUUCAUUCUUCAAUGUUGGCGCUCUGGGUAAUGUUUUCUCAACACCUAUCGGACAACGCAUCGAGGCUGCCACCGAUGCGAGUUUGGCUUCGGAAAAUUGGGCAGCGAACAUGGAAAUCUGUGACAUGAUCAACGAAUCCUCCGAUACGGCACGUGACGCAAUGCGUGCCAUACGCAAACGUCUCUCACAGAAUGCUGGCAAAAAUAAUCAGGUGAUCAUGUAUACGCUAACUGUGCUGGAGACGUGUGUGAAGAACUGUGGCAAGGCUUUCCAUGUGUUGGUCGCCCAAAAGGAUUUCAUCAAUGAGCUGGUCAAAUUGAUUGGACCCAAAAACGAUCCGCCCGCCAUAAUGCAGGAGAAGGUUCUCAGUCUAAUACAGAUUUGGGCAGAUGCAUUCAAGAAUCAACCGGAUCUUAAUGGUGUUACCCAAAUGUACAUGGAACUGAAGAACAAGGGCAUCGAGUUUCCGCCCACCGAUCUGGAUGCUAUGGCGCCCAUAUAUACGCCACAACGAAGCGUUCCAGAAGUGCAUCCCUUACCGCAUCCACAGUUAAUGAGUGCUCAGCACACCAUAUCGCCUCAACAUGCAGCAGCUGCAGCAGCAGCUGCUUCUCCAGCUACAGGACCGCUGCAUUUAACACCUGAACAGGGUGCCAAACUGCGUUCCGAGUUGGAAAUUGUUAGCAACAAUAUGAGCAUAUUGGCUGAAAUGCUGAGUGUAUUGAAACCGGGUCAAGAGCUGCCCGAUGACUAUGCCCUGCUGAAUGAGUUGACAGCCACCUGCAAGGAGAUGCAGUCGCGCAUUGUCGAUCUCAUUGGACGCGUGCAAGAUGAUGAGCUAACGGCGGAAUUUCUGCGUAUCAACGACGAGCUUAACAAUUUGUUUUUACGUCAUCAGCGCUACGAGAAGAGUCGAGCGCAGGGUACUACUGGAGCGGCUGCAGUCACGUCACCAUCUGCCGUUCUAGGCGCUGCGAUGGGCGUACCGGCGGCAGGAGUGCCAGCAGCGACAGCCGGAGCAGCGGCAGCUGUUGUACCAGCAACAGCAGGAGCUGUUAGCAAUACGCCACAAAGUGAUCAACUGCUAAUCGAUUUGAUUGAAAGCAGUGAGGAUCAUCUGCCGCAGAGUUUUGGACAGCUACAACUGGGCGCCGGCGGUGGAGUCGCAACAGUACCAGCAGUUGCCGCAACAGGUGCUGCAGAUGAAUUUGAUAUGCUGGCGCAGUCGCGCACCGAUGGCAACCACAAAACCGACCUGCUCCGCGAUAUUCCCAUUGUGGAUGCAGCAGCUGGCAGCGUGUCCUCGCCGUACAAGCAAACAAAGCCGACAGCAGCAGCAUCAGCAGCGGCAACACCACCACAACAGCAGCAAACACAACGCUCAGCCGGCGAUCCGCCGGUGGUAAGUAAAUCGACGAAAGAGAACGAGAUCGACGAAAUGGAGGCGUGGCUGGGCAGCUCAAAAGACAUUGAUGGCAUUGAGGAGCUGACAAGCUCAGAAUUCGACAAAUUCCUUGAGGAACGGGCCGCUGCCGCUGAAAAUCUUCCAACGAUCAAUGCAUCGAAUUCCACGACAGGAUCUGCAACUGACAACAGCUUACGAAAGACACCAAAGAAACCAGGAGCUGACGACGAUUUGCUCGCUCUUUGAGUAUAAUCGGGGCAACACCCCCAUUUUGUUUACUCUUUCCGAAAUGUUACACACGCCUAACAUAUUUAUACAUAACAUAUAUAUGAAUAUAU